AUGGAAGAAGCUAGGUCUUUCAAGACCGAAGAGGAAAAGAAGUCAGAGCCCAAGGUCGACUGGUCGCUGUUGGCGCAGUUCCUUAUUCUUGGAUUUGUGGCAUUGGCCCCUUGGAACUUCGUUCUGGCUGAUCUGCCUUAUCUGGACUCCAAGUUUCAUAAUCACUUCAGUUCAACUGUCCCUAUUAUAUACUCUAUUGCUGUCAACGUGGCUCAGCUUCUACUAAUUUGGGUAGGUAACAAGUUCAGCUUUGCACCCCGUUUUGAUUGGGGUUGUGCGAUUCUGGCUAUCUUCAACAUCCUUCUUGCUGUUGUUGCUAUGACUAUUGGUGAUGGGAAUCCGUGUCCCGAUGAAGGUUUAGGUUUCGGCCUUGCUCUAGUCUGUGUCUUCUUGCUCGGUUUUGGCCAUGCGUUGAUGGAGUCUUCUUCCUUCGGUCUGGCAGCUCUUUGUCCACAAUCGUGCAUGAUCGCGGAUAUGACUGGUGAAGGUGUGGCCGGUUUGGUUGGUUGGCCUAUCAAUAUGUUGCUACAAGUCAUUUUUGAUGCUGGUAAUGUACGUCGUCAGCCAGAGUGGCAGUGCCUGGUCUUUUUCUGCGUUACUUCUGUCAUUACUGUUUUUGUUAUACCUAUGUAUCGAUGCAUCACCUCCAAGCACCCUUAUAUGAGAGAGGUGUUGAAGAUCGAGGAGAAGCGUAAGACGGCCAGUUUGAAAACCCGUCAGACUAGACGUCCGGUUGUUUACAUCGUCAAGGAUAUCUUGCCUAUGGCAUUAUGUGCAUGGGGUACCAUGGGUGUCACUUUCGUGGUCUUCCCUGCACAAGUGUCCUAUUGA